AAAAAAAAACACACGCACACAACUUCAUCUAUCUCUUUUCUUUACUCCAAAAGAAAUUCCUUUCUUCUUCUUCUCCUAAAUCAAAACCUUAUACACCAUGACCAUUCCAGUAGAAGAUAUCGAAGGACAAGAGCCCGAGUGCCACAAGAAGUUCCAUUUCUAUGAUAUUGCUCAACAGAUUGUCAAUAAGAUGAGAAGUGAGGCACAUUCAGAGGCCCAUCAGACCCUUCGUAGUUACCCAGGUAAUACCAACAAGGCAACCAAAGCCAAGAAUGCCGCAAAAAUCUACGGUAUCGAGCACCCUGGAUCUACUGGUGUCAUUUAUGUAAUGGACAGAGCCAUGCAGAAUGGUUUUACCUAUGGUGACCCUGAAUGGGCAAACUUUGGUCAAGGUGCUCCAGAAGUUGGACAUAUUGAUGGUUGUGCAGACAAGCCUACCCACAUUGAACUACCAAUUGAAUCGUAUGAGUAUGCACCUACUGCUGGUAUAACCGAGUUACGUUCUGCUGUUGCCAACCUCUACAAUGAGAUCUAUCGACAGGAUAAGGAAUCAAAGUACACAUCUGCAAACGUCUGUAUUGUCCCUGGUGGUCGUGCAGGACUCACACGUGUAGCAUCAGCCAUCGGUGACAUCAAUGUGGGCUACUUCUUGCCCGAGUACACUGCCUAUGAACAGAUGCUGUCUGUCUUUAAGCGCUUUGUGCCUAUUCCAACCACCCUGGAAGCCGAAUCAAACUAUCACAUAGAUCCUGACACGAUCCGCAAAGAGAUUUCUGGACGUGGUCUUGGUUUGAUUGUUGCCUCAAACCCUCGCAACCCGACCGGUCAGCUCAUUGAGGGUGAAGAACUCUGUGAAUUGGUCAAGAUCUCCAAAGAGAGACACACAACCCUUGUUAUGGAUGAGUUCUAUUCGUCCUACAUCUACUCACACCCAGAAGAAGAGAAUGGCCGUACAGUUAGCAUCUCGGAAUAUGUUGAUGAUGUCAAUGCAGACCCUGUUAUUAUCAUCGAUGGUCUGACAAAGAACUUUAGAUUACCUGGUUGGCGUAUCUGCUGGAUCGUUGGCCCAGAAUCUGUUAUAUCCUCUAUGCAGAGCUGUGGCUCUUUCUUAGAAGGUGGUGCAAACCAUCCACUCCAGCUGGCCGCAAUUCCUAUGCUCGAUCCCGAAGUCUUUAAAAACGAAGCCAAGCACUUGCAGAUCCACUUUAGAAGCAAGCGAGACUAUGUUCUCGAGCGUCUGGAAGAGAUUGGCAUCAAGGUCAAUGUACCACCAAAUGCCACAUUUUAUAUCUGGUUGGACCUCAACGAGCUCCCGGCACCUAUCAACGUUGGUCUAACCUUCUUUGAGGAGUGCCUUAAAGAGAAAGUUAUCGUUGUUCCAGGAAUUUUCUUCGAUGUUAAUCCUGCAAGCCGUCGUGAGUUGUUUGAAUCCCCCUGCCAUCAUUUCGUUAGACUUAGUUUUGGUCCUCCUAUGGAAGAGCUCGUAAAAGGCCUGGAUGCCAUUGAACGAGUUAUCAACAACUUCAAGUAAAAAACCAAAAAAAAAGAGAACAAUUCCUUCAUUUUUCUUUUCUUACAUCACAUCACACAUUCAAAUCAUAUUAUAUAUCAUAUCAUAUUCUAUUAUAUUAUAUUAUAUCCAAGAAAUAAAGCAUUAUAUUAUAUGAUAAACUUCUUCCAAGCCCUCUAUUUCAUUUCCUUAAAUAUGCGUUAUGAUAAAUCAAGUAUUUCCUUUAUUAUCCUUAUCAUUAUCCUUACCAUAGAGAUAUAAAAUAUACACACAAAUGCAAACGCAACAAUAGCCAUAGCCACAUUCACAGCCACAAUAACUUUCAUCUUCUUCUUCAUUUUAUAUAUAUAUCCAAAAAAUAGACUUUCAAAAGAGUAGAUCGUCCUUCCCACUACCAUCGUUCUGACUCGCCCUGACAUGCUCUGCAUCCAUUCCGAGUACGAUGACUUUGCGUAGCCUCUCUAACCGGUCUCUCUGCAACAUCAAAAGUUCCUCCAUAUCCUCAUCCUCAAGUCCAUGCUGCUCAGCCAGAUGUGUCUGAGAUCUGUGGUGUAGAUGUGCGUGAUCUUUUGAGGUGUCUGUUGGGUCUGUGUCCAUAUCGAUCGAAAGAUCCAUUUGAGACGAAGAAGGGAAUCCCAUGGAUAGAUCACCAUCCAUAUCCGAUGUAAGGUUAUCAUGCUGUAACUGCUGUUGUUGUUGCAACUGCUGUUGCUGUUCUUGUUGCAGCUCUUGAUGUCGCUUAUCUGCUUCAGACUGUAGAGCUACUUUUUGUUGCCAAUCAAGUUGAAGGAUUCGCUUGGAUUGUUCCAAGAUGUAGUAUAUUUGAUCACAAAUUGCCUCAAAAUCAUCACAUUUUUCGAGUAAUUUUUCUGUUUGGUGCAGAGGAGGAGGCUGUUCAACGAUAACGCCUUUUUUAUUUAUGUGGGAAGUAGCAAAGUGAUCGAGAAUACGCGCGGCUUGUUCGAGAAUGUCUUUGCCUAGUAGACGAUGAAGAGCAAUCAACUCAUUGUGAAGAGGACGCUGCAUUUGC